ACUACCAUUCAGCCGUGACGACCUGAAAAUCAAACACAAUGAUCUACCAACUGCUUAUCUUCACCGCCGUCCUGGGGCUGUCUGCGGCCGCCGCCAAGCCUAACAACUACUAUCUCCCACCUACCAAUGGCGUGGCUUACCAGACGCAAACAAUUGCUGCCCCCGCCGUUGCCACUGCCUCUGUAGCCGCGCCCGCUGUCCGUGUUGCCGCGCCAUCGUACACCGCAUCAUACGCCGCGCCCGCAUUCGCUGCCCCAGCGUACGCUGCUCCUGUAGCUAAGACAUACGCCGCCCCAGCUGUUGCCACACACGCCAUCGCCGCACCGGCCUACCAAGUGUCUACUCAAGCCAUCGCUGCCCCGUCUUACCCCGCGCCAGCCGUCCGUGUCGCUUCCCCAGUUAGUUAUGGCGCCCAGGCCAUCGCCUACUCUGCCCCAGCCGUAGCUGCCGCUCCCGCUGCCGUCGCCUACCCUGCCCACACCGUGUCAGCCUACCCAACCCAUACAGUAUCAGCCUACCCUGCCCAAACCGUAGCAGCUGCCCCCGCUGCCGUCGCCUACACCGCUCCUGUAGCAUAUUCUUCACCAUCUGUGGCCGCAGCCCCAGCUGCAGUGACCUACUCAGCCCCAGCUGUUGCCGCCGCUCCCGCUGCCGUUGCAUACUCCGCCCCAGCCGUUGCCUACUCCGCCCCGGCCGUCGCCGCUGCCCCCGCUGUUGCCUACUCCGCCCCUGCCGCGGUCUCCUACUCCGCCCCCGCCGCCGUCGCCUACUCCGCCCCAGCUGUCUCUUACGCCAAGCCUGUCGUAGCUGUCUCAGCCCCGGCUGUCGCCCACGCCGUCGCCUACUCCGCCCCAGCUGUCUCCUACACCAGGUCCGUUGUACCAGCCGUCGCGACCCCCGUGACCUACUCCGCCCCAGCAGUGACCUACGCUAAACCUGUGGUCGCCGCCGCCGUCGCCCCUGCUGUGACCCCCGUCGCCUACUCCGCCCCAGCUGUCACUUACGCCAAGCCCGUCGUAUCCGCUGCAGUCGCCCCAGUAGCUUACUCCGCUCCCGUGUCUUACUCUGCUCCCGUCUCUUACUCCGCUCCAGUGGCGUACUCAGGAUACACCGCCCCCGUCGCGUACUCUGGCUUCGCCGCGUCCCCCUACGCGUACUCUGGUAUCAACAGCUACGAAUACGCCGUCGGUUACGACUACCCCUCUUACCUGUGGAAGAAGAAGAUGUCAGUUUUGGCUGCGGUGUCAGUAUCAGGGGAUCCAUUAUUGAUCAGCCCUUACGUGUCAUCGUACCUGACGCCGCCCCUGGCGUCAGCUGCGUACGUGGCGCCAUCUGCAGCGGUUAUAGCUGCCCCGUCGGUACCUGCAGCCGUCCCAGCGGUGCCUGCCGCCGUCCCUGCUGCCGUACCGUACUCUUCAGUAUCAGCCUAUAGCUAUGGAUCAGCGUAUACAGUGCAAGAUUAUGCACCCACUCUAGUCAACGCAGCGCCCCCCGCUUUAGCUUAUAGUCUUCCAUACGCAUACGCUGCAGAUUAUUUCUACCGAAGAUAAAUGUAGGAUACCAUUACUUCGACUACGUAUUCAAUGCGGCCAUAUUUAUUGAAAGAACAAAAUAAAAAUGUGAGAUCGA